ACAGAUGUACCUGACUCCAAAUCAGCUUGAGAUUCUAGAAGAUCAUAGAAGAAGUUUAAUGGAUAAAAGGCAUGCUGACAUGCAGACUGAAAUCCAAAGGGUCAUAGGUCAAGAGAAUGGAUCAAAUCGUACGGUGACACCACUGAUGAAGGUCAGACUUGUCGACUACAACCUAUGUGAACGUAGCUUAGCAAGCAGUGUCCUGCUCACCGUGUGGCGGCCAGCAGAAGAAGUUGUCGGUCUUUUGAGGGAAGGUCAGAGGUUGAAGAUCUUCAAUGUCAAUGCAUCUGCUGGGUGGUGUAGGGACGGUGUGAAUAGGGUCCAGCUAGCCUCAAGUAGAUGCAGUCGCUACAAGCAGCUUCCUACGAGCCCAGGUGUUCUUGAUGUUCUGUACCCUCCACGUGAAGUUUCCAACUUUGCUGAAACAUUUAGAGAACAUUUUCAGCCAGACUACCAGGAGAUGGACAUUGUGGGAUUAGUGAUGUAUGCAACACCUUAUAGCAGCAGCAGAAAUAGUUCUCGACCUCAGACAGUCUACCUUUCUGAUUCAGAUGUCAAUGUUUUUGCGCUCAAGUUUUGGGGAGGAAUGAAGGCAUAUUUUGUUGAAGAGAUUAUGGGGCCUGGAAGCUUUAUAUGUGUUAGUAACCUACAGUGGAGAGGUCAUGAUAAGAGGUCAAAGAUUGCCUGUGGACAUGUUAAUGAAAUGACUAUUAUCACCCAGAACCCAAAGAUGAAGCACCUGAAGACAGCUCUGCAGCACUUACAGGAUCAAAUUAAGGACCCAAAAUCAUUUAUCAUUGCCAAUGGAUGUGUUAUUGAAGACCUAUCAUCCUCUGUUCAUCAACCUCAGACACCAGUGACACCAUACAUCCAGCCUUCAUUACCACCGCCCCCACCACUAAGCACUCCAAGACCUCAGGGAACAAGAAGAGUUGGUCAGACACUCAAGGUCACACCAUCGCCUGGUUCUUUUCAGAUAACACAAGGUGGCAGAACCUCCGCUCAACGAGGACAUGCCUUUCAAGUGACAACACCUGUUGUACCAAGAAAUAAACUUACAACUCCAAAGAGUCAAGACUUUCGAUCUCACUAUUCCAAGCGACUGUACUCAAAAGGUACUGACAGGCAAGCUCUCUCCAGCUCCAAUGAUCAGAAAACUAGUCAAGAUAAUCAGGAAGUAUGUGGGCAAGUGGAGACACCGAGGGGUCAACAUCAAUGGCAAAUUAAAUCAUCCAGAAUUCCAUUGGUAUCAACACCUGCCAAUACAGGAGUAACUUUUCCAUUGUUCACCAAAAAAACAUUGAUUACUCCAAAAAGCCAAAACUUCAGCUCUUAUUAUAAAAGCAAUGCCUUGACAACUACAAAAAGCUGUAUAUAUGAUAACCAGACAACUCCUUCUUUUAGAGGUCAUUUGACAUCAACACCACUCAGUGCCAAAAAAGAGAAGCAGUUGCUGAUGAAUAGCAUACGGUUUGAAACAUUGUCCAGAAUACCAUCACCACCUCCACUUGAGCCGCUGAUAAACUUACAGUCUGGAGUUCUUGCGCAGGGUUACAAGAUGCCUCUUGAUGUCUUAGAGACUUCUAAGUGCAACAUAAUUCACCAAGUAGAAUCUAUUGACAUUGAUGAUCUAGAACUCCAAGCAUUAGAUGCUGGUUUCAGCAACAGAACACUUGCUUUAGACGACUCAGGUGACUUUGAUUUCUCAGAAACUUCCCCGAAGCAAAAAUAUUGUCAAAAGGAAGAACAAAUUAAUGGUGGUGAUAAAACAAAUUUGUCUCCAAAGCAGCUUGAAAAUACAUCCGGUUUAUCACAGAUCUCUGACAUUCCUACACAGGUGUUGAGAGAUCUGGACCUUUCUGGUUUAGAAGAAAUUGCCAGCAGUGCCUCAUCAAUGACAGUAGUAAAUGAUGCUCAACAAGACACAGUCCACCAGAUACCUGCAAUAACUGAAUUGUCAGAGACAGUGGAAGGAGAAAUUGAUGUUAUUCAAAUGAAUUCAAAUGAUACUUUAUCCCAGAGAGAUGGCAUAUCAUGUAGUCGAAAACGAAAACGCGAGAGCAAACGAGGCAUGUACAACGAAUGCUUUGAGUUGUCUCAAGAAGUUGCAUCCUUAGAGCCAAAAGACUCGGUUUCCUUAUUACAUUUGAAUGCCGAGUUCCAAGGCUGCUCCAGACGCGUUACAAGGUCCAUCUCUAAGAAAGUCUUAGAAAAGUGAAAUAAGCAAGUGUGGAAGAAACAUAUUUGAGAAACUGAAAUUACGUGUUCCGGCUAAUGUUAUAAUUGUUUUCUUUAGCUGAAAAUUACUUCGGAAUUCGCAAUUUGCUAGUAUCGCAUAACUAAAUUGAUCUAAAAAUUCUAAUGGCUUAGAAAGGGCAGCCACAUUUUUUAGACAAGAAACUUGUUUUCUGGGUCUAAAGUGACUUUUAAGAUCAGUCAACACAAUCUUUAUUUUGAGCUCAUUAAUCCAUGUACAUGUAGAAAUGUAAACAUUCUGAGUUAUUAAACCUUGAUUGGUUAUAUUGCAUCAUGUACUUGCCUCUUAUCUAAAUUCAACAGUUGUCUUUUGAACUGAAAUUUAAGGUCAGUACAUGAAACAUUGACUUUGAAUUAUUUUUUCAGUACAUUCUUGUUUUUCAACUAUGCUUACAUGCUUUUAUUACAAUACAUGCAUGUUCUAUGAAUGGUUCGCAUGAUCACACCUACUGUAUAUUUUGAAAACAUUCCGAUUCCAAAUGUGUUAGUCCUUUUAUUUUGCUCUAUUCACUCUAAAUGCUUGCAUUUUUCUUACAUUAAAGACGUUUUACCAGAUUUACAAGAA